AUGGCGUCUUUUGGGGUCGAAUUCAACGAGGAGGACUUUGGGUUUCUUCGAGUCAAGAAAAUACCUCCGUGGAGAUUCGAGAUAUCGGAGUCUGUAGUGAGAGAUCUUAGCAAAGAUAUCGUAGCUGCAUGGAACCACGGAGUUCACAGCUUAAAUUCCUUGAGCAGAGGAGGAGACUGGAUCAAGUUCUUCAAGAUUGCUGGAUCACUAUAUCUCCUCAAACUGAUCGUAUCCCGUUCGUUGGCAACAUUUCUCUUCACAGGUGGUGAGACAACUGGUGGUGCUAGUGAGACAACUGGUGUGUUCGCACCACCAGGAAUCUAUGAUUCAGUGGAUGGAGCACUGCCUAAUUGGCCUUCAGAUGCUGAGAUCCAACGACUUUACACGGUAGAUAGAUCAGAGUUGCUGAGCACCCACUGGAUUCUUUUGUACCUCGAGCUUGUUCUUUGCAUUGAAUAUGGCUAUGGCAACUUUUCAGAGGACAAAGUCUCCAGUCUGGAGCUUGUGAAGGUGGCUAUAGAAACUGACGAUGAGACUCCGCUCCAGGCCAAAAGUUCAGUCCUCUAUAUAGCUUUUAGAGGACUGGCUAUUGAUGGUACUGAUGAGUCAGUUGAACGGAAAGCUGUGAUCAAAAGCAUGUUCAACGAGCUUACAGGAUCUUUGGCUCUCCAGGGUAUCUUAUGCAACCGAGAAACUCCUAUGAGUGCGGAAGAGUACUUCAAGUUUGCUUACAUAUAGGCAGACGUCUCUUAUUCCAGUAUCUGUUGUUUUUUUUUUCUUUUAAUUAUUUGGUGUAAUAAUAUAACUAUUUCUGUGUUUGCUUUUGGAUUUGAAUAACAAUGAGCUAUUAAUUUACUGUUUGGUUUCAAAGCAUUUAAGUUAACAAAAACAAUUCAAGCAAAAUGAUCUAAGGAUACGAACCAAUGUUCUUAAGCCUCACGUUCUCUUGAUGGACCGGCAGAAAAUGACGCUCAAAAUAGCCUAUCUUGGAUUAGCCUGAGCCUUCGCUCUCCCAAAGAAAAAGUAUACACAUGAGGUAUAUUUCUUUUGCCCC